AUGAUCAACGUCGACGAGUUAAGUGAUGCAAAUCUCCGUAAGGAACUCAUCAACAGAGGAGUAAAUGCUGGGCCGAUUGUUGAGAGCACACGGUCCGUUUACGUGAAGAAGUUAGCUUCUCUUCUUGCUAAAGAAGAAACUCAAGUCAACAAUGAUGAUAUUAAUGGAGUCUUGAAAGUUAUCGAUAAUGUUGAGGCUGUUGCUCAGGCGCCUGAGAAGCUGUACCCAUCGCUGGAUAUUGUAGAAGAACCUGUGCGUCAACGUAAAAAUGUUCGAGCGUCGGUCGAGCCUAGCGAUCAAGAUACCCGAGCUGAAGAAGAGGGAGGAAGUGACGAGGAAGGACAUGAGUUUUCUCGUAUCAUUUCUGACGACGAUUUACUAAACGAUGUUUCUCAACGUAAUCACAAUCUCCGGAAGAAGGCCAACAUCGGGAAGUUGUUGCUCCUCCUGGCUCUGAUCUGUGGUGGUGUUUUCUUGUUCUAUUUCGCUGAUAACUUGAGCAAGCUCACAGCGCUCGACAGUGACGAAGGGAUUUGA